CCCAUAAAAACAAGCGCUUGAAUUGAAUGAAGAAAAUACUAUGACAGAAAUUUAUAGCCAAGCGGAAAGCAUUUUGAUGUGUUGCAUUGCAUGAUACGGCGUAUGUAAUGUACGUACAGUCGUACACAGCGUUGAAGUAGCCGUUAUUGGCCGUUAUCCGGCAGCGUCUGACUUGAAUAAUUGUGGCUUUAUUUACGUUUUGUUUUGGCAAACUAUUGGCGAUGCGGUGCAAAUGUGCAUCGUGCAUGGACGUAGCAUUGUAAUGCAUCGAAUAUGCAAUUCAACGCAUCAAAGUCAACCAGCUGAUUAGUGGUCGCAGUACAAAUUCAACUAUUCAAGCAAACACAUCGUGCUUGACACAGUUUAGAUAAGAUAAAAUUCACAAAAUUAGAAAUAAAAUAUUUAUUGUUCUCAUUUUCUGUAAUGUAACACUUCCAUUAGACGUGCGGUCUUUCGUUUUCUGUGAUAAUUUUUGUUUGCCCGUUUUCAUUCAUGUUCAAAUAAGAGUUCAUUAGUUUUUUUUUUAAUUUUAAAUCUUUUUACAAACACUAGCGCCAACAAUUUGUUGAAUGUUUAAUAAAUUUCUUGUCAAAUAUCAAAUUUCCCGAAAAAUGAAUACAACCACUUAAAAUUGUUGUUGCUACUAAACGUGCUUAUCGGUUAUUCAAUCGUGAGGUGAGUUUUUUUUCUUAAUUUUACGGAGUUCCGAAAUGAGCUCAACUGAAGUCAAAAUCAAACGCAAAAAAGAACGCAAUAGUUUUGAAUCAUUGUUAUUCCAUACUCUGUAACAAGUUCAAUAUUUGAUAUCAACUACAUUUAAUCAGUCUAUACAGCUUUAUUGCGUUGUAUUCAGUUACAUGCUAGUUCUCAACGAAUUGUGUUCUUUGGACGCAUGACUCAUGCAUUUCAUAGAGAAUAACACAAUAUAACAAUGCAUUAUUUGUAACCGAUUAUGAACUGCCGAUUUAUUUAAAAACUAACAGUUCAGUUGAGGGUGUGUAACGGGUCAAUAAAGGAGCUAUAUAAUACUUGCUGCACCUUUUCUAACGAAAGAUUUGGAUUUAGUGAUGCCGACAUUAUUGAAACAAAGUUAUUUUGUAAAAUUUAUCUUAUCAAAUUCAGGGAUGAUCCAGAAAGAUUCAGAUUUAAAUAAAGCAAGGGCUAAGUAACAUUUGAAGUGUAAUUCAAGGCAAAACUUUGGCAAAAAAAGUGGCCAGGCAGACGUCACCUCCUUUGUUUUUCUACAAAUGAAUCGUAUUAAAUUGUAUAUUGAAUGAAACAUGCAAUUUGAGUGUAAAGACAAAAUUUGAGCUGAACACGUCUAAACUUAAAAACAAAGCAACAAAACCGCCCACUCUACUAUUCAAUUUUAAUUCCCAAUAGUGUGUGCCUCUUGAUAUUUUCAAGAAAAAAUGAGUGGAAACGAUGAUUUAUCUACGCUAAUAUUGGACAGUGACGAAGAUGACGAGGAAAAUCGUCAAACAUCCAACGAUGAUGAGCUGAACGCGGGAAUUGGAUUCGGUGGAUCUACAUGUCAUCGCUUCAUAGCAUUAAUUUUGAUGUCUUUGAUCGCAGCCGCUCCUAUAUUCUGUAGUCCCGGACCGUUGCAGAACUAUUUCAUGAAAGACUUGGAUUUAUCCACUACGCAAUAUGUGUGGUUGAGUUCGAUAAAUAUAUGGCCGAAUGUGGUAAUCUGCUUUCUUGGAGGCUUCCUAAUUGAUCGAGUAUUUGGCGUUCGUUUCGGCACAAUUCUCUACUCGUUCAUAAUGAUGGUUGGCCAAUUGAUUGUUUCCAUUGGUGUGAUGCUUGGUGCAUUUCGAAUGAUAUUGCUAGGACGUUUCAUACUUGGCAUUGGUGAAGGAUCGAUAGGUAUUGCACAGAGAAACUAUGGUGUGCUGUGGUUCAAAGACAAGGAAUUGAACAUGGUGUUCGGUAUAAUGUCGUCGAUUGCACUGGGCGGAGGUACAAUCCAUCUUAUGAUGAUCGAACCACUUUACAAAUACAUCAAUCAAUGGUAUACGGGACACAUGUGUCUCGGCGUUGUCAUGCUAAUCGUAUUUACACCCUGUCUGAUGUCCUUUAUCUGUGCUAUUCUUCUUGGUGCGCUCGAUAAGCGUGCUCAGCGAAUUCUGCAGCGAAACGAUAAUCCAGGCGGUGACAUUGCUAAAUUGAGUGAUGUAAAAACAUUUAACGCAACAUUUUGGAUGAUCAUUUCCAUUUGUAUUGCAUCCAAUGUAGCCGUAAAUUCAUUUAUGGCAUUGAGCAAAAUGUUCUUCAUGCAAAAAUAUGACUUCAGUGCACAGGAUGCCAACUAUAUCAACUCAACAUUAUGUCUUAUUUCAGCUGUGGCAUGUCCAUUGUUCGGUUAUAUCAUUGAUAAAACGGGCAAAAAUAUUUACUGGAUGUUAAUAUCAAUUCUUGCAUUGAUCACGGCUCAUUCAUUAUUCGCAUUUACAUAUGUUAAUCCAUUAAUUUGCAUGAUCUUAAUGGGAUUGGCGAUAUUGAUGCUUUCCUUUAAUGUAACGCCUCUUAUUGCGCUCGUCGUUCCUGCAUAUCAACUUGGCACUGCCUUUGGAUUCGUCGGAUCCGCGGUUAGUCUUAUUCUGUCUGUGAAUUCAAUGUUUAUCGGUACGAUUGUGGAUUGUGGUGGCUAUUUCACGCUUGAAAUAUUCUGCAUUUGCUGGUCAGGAGUUGCUCUCACCGGAACGGUGGUCUUUUGGAUUUAUGACGCAAUUAAAAAUGGCAUUUUGAAUAUGACCCCACAUGAACGUGAACUGCGUUUAGCAGUGAAUCGUUGACGCUCAUUGCGAAACCCAUAAAAGCAAGCGCUUGAAACGAAUGAAGAAAUUAAUACUAUGAAAGAAAUUCAUAGACAAACGGAAAGCAUUUUGAAUGUGUUGCAUUUUGCGGUACAGCGUAAUGUACGUAUACACGGCGUGGAAUCGUUACUUGCGGCAGCAUCUGAAUGAACAGACUGGUUCAAUUACGUUAUGUUUACAAACGGUUCGCUGUGCGCACGUGCAUCGUACGUCAACGUAGUGCGAUGCACUGAGCAUGCAUCUCAACGCAUCAAAGUCAAGCAAGCGAUCAGUCAACGCAGUUUAACUUCAACUGUUCUAGCAGAAACAGCGUAUACUCAACAAGACCCUAGUUCAGAAUUCGGACCUUUGUCUUUUUUCAUAUUUUUUUUACAUUUCAUCUUUGUUUAUAACAAGAGGAGAUUCAAACGCAUUUUUGUUGAAUAAACUGAAAUAAAGUUCACAAUUUUAUGACGAAAUAAAUUAAAUUACGAAUAUUUAUCAACUCAGAAUUUGAUUGCAUUUAACUGAAAAAGUGGCACAUGUGAGUGAGUAGAUUUCUUUGUUCUAGACCAAACAACGUCAAGCAGUUUUAUUGCGAUCGGCUUGCAACAAAUAGCUUCAACUCUUUUAAACAGCUACUUUGAAGAAGGAGAACGUGAUUUAUGCCAUCCGGAAAACUUGCCGAUAACUCAUCACUAACUAUCUAAAAUCAGAAUUAAAAAAAAUCCAUCAAAAUGGUAAAUGAAAGGAGUCCCAAAUUGAGACUGGUCGGAAUAGUAAUUGGAUCACUUUCGUUAAUAGUGACUGUGGUCUUGAUUGGUGUUUCGGUCAUAUUUAUACUGCCGGCAUCGAUUUUCGGACAAGCCAUGCUUCCUAUUUGCAUUGCACUCGUAUUUAACUGUGUGUUAAACGUCGCUUUCAUUUAUGGCGCGUUUUCAUACAAACCUGGCUACAUGUUGCUUUCCAUUUUGCUCUGGACUGUCCCAGCUGGAUUCUGUUUGUGCUUCAUAUUCAUUGGUAUAAUCAGAGGGAUACAGUACCUCAAGAUGGAAGAUCUGGAGGCUGAUGAGUUUCCAUUCUACGAAAUUAUCGCUUGUUCGUUGGUUUUCGUUGGAUACUACGUUGUCGCUAUCUUAUCUUAUUGGUCGGUGAAGAAGUCCAGCAACCAAAACACAGUCAGCGACCCUCGGCCGAACGUAAAGUACGCAAUAACUAAGGGAAAUACUGAAAAAGGUCAACGCUUGCGAAUCUACCCAACACUUGUGCUUGAAGUUUAGAUAAUUCAUUCGAAAUCGAAUCAAUUUUUGUAUCCGCUUUGAAAUUAAGAGUGAAAUAGCUUUUUAUUUGGCUUGAAUUUCAAAGCCAAUCUACUUGAAACGAACACUAAAUGCGUUAUCGACAAAAAAACAAAGACUUUUCGAAUCAACAACUUCGAUCUCAUCAAAGAGAUCAUUUGUUUUGGAUUUUUUUCAUACAUCCAAGACUUGAACAAUAAAAAUAAGACUUAUGUAUUCUGUUUCAAUCAGAAUUCAGUACAAUAAAAGAGAAUCAACCGUAA